AUGUCUGCUUUGCAAAAACAAACCCAGUCAUUACAAGAACUGAACCCGGAGAAGGAAAGCUGGAAUAUUGUUGCAAGAGUUGUAAGGUUAUGGUUUGUAGAAGAUUACACAAAAGGAAAAUCUCCAUUUUCCAUGGAGAUUGUUCUUCAAGACAAAGAGGGUGUCCUAAUCCAUGCGUCUGUUAGACGCACACUGAUAUACAAAUUCCAAUCUGAAAUCAAAGAGGAUAAGGUUUACUCCAUUCAGUCUUUUAGUGUUUCAUGUAAUGGUGGUUCUUAUAGAACUACAAAUCAUGCCUAUAAGAUCAACUUCCAAUUUGGAACCAAGGUCAAUUUGGUAGAAUCUACCUUAGUUCCCAAUAUUAGUACUGCAUACACCCCUAUUUCAACCAUCCAAGCACCUGGUUUUGACUCAGAUUACUUAGUUAAUGUCAUUGGAAUGUUGACUGGUGUUGGAACAGAGAGAGAGUUAGAGAAAGGUGGUAAGAAGACCAAGAUGAAUGUCAUCCUUAUUGAAUAUGAUGGGAUGUGGGAUAGUACUGAAUCUCCUUCUCAACCUCUUACCCAACUUGGUCAGUCUUCAAAAGUUAGCUUAGAAGAAGAUUUCAUUAAGCUGCAUCCUAGAUGCUCAAUUGAAGGUCUCAAAGAUUUUGAACAGGAAAGUACUUUUGUAGUGAAGGCUACUAUCAAACAUGUUCUAGAUCAUGAUGAUUGGUGGUACACAACAUGUAUCUGCAACAAAGCUGUUUAUCCUGACUCCAAAAUGUUUUUUUGUGAGAAAUGUAACAAACAUGUCAUUAAGGUUACACCUAGGUUUAAACUUAGACUUUGUGUAAUUGAUGCUACUGAUUCUACAACUUUUGUUGUAUUUGAUCGUGAUGCAAGUGCAAUGUUGAAGAAAUCAUGCUCUGAUAUUCUUGACUUACAAGACAAGAACACUGCUGCUGGUAACUUGCCUAAAGAGUUUGAAGUCCUCAUUGAUAAGACCUAUCUGUUCAAAGUUGAGUGCAAGAAUGAUUAUAAUAGCAAAUUUGACCAAUCAUUUAGAGUUAAAAAAGUCUGCAUGGAUGAAAAAAUCAUUGAAAGCUUUACUGAUGUUGAACUUAAGUCUUUGGAUGUAUACUCUGCAAAUGAAGAAGAAAGUAAAUUUAAGCAGAUUACAAAUGAGAUUGCACCUGAUACCAUUGCAGAGGAUUUGCUGCUCAAAUUCACUGAAGAAUCAACUGAUGUUGAGCCUGUAAGUGAUCAUUUGAACACUAUAGAAUCAAGCCCUGUUUCUACAGAGGAAGCUUUGGUCAAUCAACCUUUAAUUGAUGUUGAAAAUGAUGACUUAACCCAUAAAGAAUCAUCUCAUCUGGAUAAUCUUAGCUUUGAUUUGGCUACCAAAGCACGUGUCCCGGCAAUUAAAAGGCAGAAUCGAUCUACGGCUCAAGAGAACAAGAAGAUCCCAGUCAAGAUGUUGAAGAAGAACAUCAAGAUUGAAAAGUGA